AUGCCACCGACGACCUCGCCGACAAGGCUUUCGAGAGCUGGUUCGGUACAGAAGAAGGCCAACAAGCCAGUUGCUUGCCAGAGAUGUCAUUCGCGGAAGGUGAAAUGCUCAGGCGGCCAUCCAUGCUCAAACUGCCAGAAUAACGAUACAACGACGUCUUGCGUGUAUCCAUCGCGCGACCGGCAAAUCAAGCUCAGCGAACAGUACGUGGAAGAGCUGUUAAAGGAAAUUGAGCAUCUGCGCAGCAGUGCCCGCGAUCCCGCUCAUGCUGCUGCUCCCGUCGAAGAAUCCCUCGAGAGCAGCAUAGCUGUGCAUGAAGCUGUCCGUAACCCGCUCCUUGAAGACAGGCCAUGGUUUCACGCAGUGUCUUCAGAGCAUGUACCCAUCCACGUUGGAGAAGCUGCAGAUGCGGCGUUUGCAACGAGGUUCCGACAGACCCUUGCCAUAGGGAAUACCAAGCAUCUACCUCGGAUGAGCCAUGUGCAAGACGACUCCUUGAUGCUGCUAUCUGAAGCUCCAUUUAACUGGCCGUCACCUGCAAGAGCACGCUUUUUGGUCAAGGUAGCCUUGUCUACCGUUUGCCAGUAUUACCACAUCGUGCGCAAGAGCCAAGUUGCAAGAACUCUGGAAGAAGCCAUCAAGAACAAUGGCAAUGGUGAUCGGGUUGCCAUUUGUAAGCUUUUGGCACUGUUUGCACUUGGCGAGGUAUAUUCGGCUAAACAUGCUUCCAUGGAGACGACAUUUCCCGGGUUAGCCUACUUCGCUCAAGCGAGGAAGAUGAUUAGUAUUCCUGCUGAGCGACCGCAAAUGGACACCAUAGAAGUCGCACUGCUACUGGUCCUUUUCUCUUUCACGGUCAAUCGUCGCCACUCGGCUUACAUCUUCUCAAGCUCAGCCUGCAGACUUGGUCUUAUCAUGGGCAUGAAUAUGAACAUACCUGAACAGCAGUGUCCCGAUCGGCUUGUGAGAGAGCAUCGCGUGCGGCUAUGGUGGUCCACAUAUACCCUCGAUAGAUCAUGCGCCUCGAAGCUCGGUCUUCCUGUAUCUGUUGCUGAUGAUGAUAUCAUGGUAGACUUGCCAAGCGGCGACGGUCUUGAUGCUGCAGAAGAAGGCGAUUUCGGCGACAUUGACUACAGCCUGAACAGCAUCGAGCUGUCCAGAAUUGCUGCUCGAUUGACGCGAGCCAUCUACAGUAGGAGGAACCAUCACGACUCGUUUUCUAAAAGAGUCCAGGCGAUGCUUAAGGAUCUUACCAAAUGGAUGGACGCCUUGCCAGCUAAGUUUCAAAUCAAGGAUAACGAUGCUUCGGUACCUAUUCAUAUCGUCUAUCUACAUUUGCGCUUCAACCAGUGUUGUAUACUUGCUACACGACCGAUUCUUCUUCAUGUCCUCCGUAGCCACAAGCAGUCAUGGUCAGAUCCUACCAUUGAUCCAAAGCGCAACCUUCCAGAAGGCGCUCUCGCACUUGCAGAAACAUGCAUUCAAUGCGCACGUCACACCUAUCGCAUCCUUACAGAAGCCUGGAUUCACGGAACCUUUGCUACGCUGGACUAUUUCGAUACUCAGUACUUAUUCUCGGCUACUACGGUUCUCGCUAUUUCUAGCCUCUUGCGGUCGCUGCGGAGUCAAACAGACGGUGAUGAUUUCAAAAACGCAGUGGAAUUGUUGCGGCAGCUUGCUCAAAGCGGCAACUAUGGCGCGAAAGAGUUUGUUAAGCACAUGGAUGCAAUUGAGCAGAGUAUGCAACUUGUGACUGAUACUAGCUUUGCCCCAGGCUCAACGCAACAACCAUCUUUGGUUGAUGCGGGGCCAUUGCUUCUUGCUUCCAACGAGGCCAUGACUGCUGGCAUGGCCCUUGCUGAUCCUUCCCUCCAGUACUUCCUUUCGGAAUCUGACCUAGACCUCCAAGCGUUCAGUAGCCCUGCCUUUGGUGGGUUACAGACACCAUAUUGGUGGACGGAUGGCUGGGGAAUCGAGAAGCAUCUGGAACAAUGGCGCCUAGGUAUAUAUAGUUUAACGCCGAGAACCAAUCGUGGCGACAGGAAACACUGCUUCCGUCGGGAUCAUCGAUGGCCAACGCCAUGUUACUCGUGGACGAAGUUUUUUCGCGUCCGCUCGCUCAACCAUCGAAUUGGCAUAUCUAGCCGUCAGAAACUUGGACCGAUGCCAAUGGCUUCCAUCAAGGGCACCACGCCAGCACUUGAACAAGCCGAAAUCGUGUACUGGAUAAGGUACUUGCCCGCAAUUACUUCUCUCCGCUUUUUCGGGAACGCUUCAGCGCAAUACGUGUUUAAGCUUGCAAACGCGGCCAACAACCCAGCGGCGGUGAAGAAGCUCGUAACGAUCGGCAAUGCAAGAGCUGCUCUUGACGUCGGGCCAUACUGCAGACCCCAUCCAUAUACGAGGGAAGCUGUAGGAAUGACUACGAAGAAAGCGAGCAUUCCCGCAUUCAACCGGUCUUGGGGUAAUCGCUCGCCUCGUAUUUUGAUGUACCGCCGAACCGUAAUGUCUGAGUAG